GAGACUGGCGUCUAAUUACUGUCAACAUAAUUUGGUGGGAAAUUAUUGUAAUAUUAGCAGUGUAUACUAGCGUGGACAUCACUGUGUUUCUCUUGAGGUCGUCUUAAUGAUUUUAUCAUCAGCGCGUUGCCUCUUCGUCGAUUUAAAGUGAUAGGCUAGCUUGCUAGCCUGAAUUGGGCGUCUCUGUGCUUGGGGGCCGUGCCUGGGACUCGAGGAUGUAACAUGGCUAACGACAGCUAACUAGCUAGUUAGCGUUAUCGUCACUUGUGCUGUGGCAUUGAACAGCUUUGGUCGGUUUAGUUUAUCGGUCUGACGUGCUACCAAAUUAAAAACUAGAUCCACAUCAAAUGACACACUGGAACCUCCUUAGUACAAGUGUGCACACCCGGGUCGUCAUACAUUUCUCCAUACCACAUAUGUAGUUAGCCAGUUAGCUUUGUCGUUAGUUUGUUUUUAUUGUAAUUUAUACCUGCGACACAAACACCAUAUGAGCAAGUCCAUUUUAUAUAGAUUGAUUAUUUAGCCGUCUUUCUCUCACGGUUCCACUGCAUCCAUUUUGGCUGCAGUGAUUUGGCUGUCGAACGUCAGCUUGUUAGCAACACCCCCCUUUGCGUGUCUACGAGGAUGAAAGCAUCACCCGUGAACGGCGGUGCAGAGAGAGAAGGGCGUGUGUGCAGAAAAACCGGUUGCAUUCAGACCGAGAUAGCUCGCUGGCUAACGAGGUUCAACGUAACUGUUUUAUACUCUCCACGACACUGACGCACACGCAAAUGUCAAACGACGGGGAGUCAGCGUAGCAGAAUGUUCGGCAGUCACAGAGUUGGUGUGGCAGCCAUAGACGCAGUUCGAAGCACACGGCUCACAUCGCUGCUUAUCAUGGACGUUGAGUAGCGUUGGGGUAGAUAUGUAGGGUGAUGAAUUUAAGCGCGAGGCCAUGAUGGUGGAGGGUGCACUCUAUAAUGCGGUGUGCCAUUGUGUCAUCACUUCAGGACGGCGGCAGCGAGCAGGUGCAGCUGUAGUGAACGGUUACUUAACGGUUCGAUGGAAUACAGUGAGCUCCAGAGUUGUUGUCCUCCAUCUGUGCAACCACCCCCUGACGUGUCCCUGUUGACCUUGAACUUGAGUGUUUGCCUUCCACCCUGAAGCCCCAAAGAGAAGUGCGUGGACGACCAGCCCUGGUUUCCCCUCCUGCUCCAGCCUGACUCUGCCCUGCUCUGUGGAACUUCUACGUUUGAAACGGUGCCCUGGCAUGCCUGUUGGCAGAGGAACGGACUGCGGGCACACACUCGGCCAGAAAUAAAAACGAACAAACAAACGAGUGCCACCUCAAACCGCUGCCCAUUUCCCCCAUGGAGGCUGCCAGGGCCAUAGAGUUGGCCUCUCACAGUCUGUCUCGUGUGUGUGUGAGUUGACUACGAUGCUGUUGCGUUGUUAAGAGAGACUCCACCUUACCUUCCUCUGCCCCCUCACCAUCACUAGUACAUCGCCCCCCCCCCCCCCCCCCCCCCCCACCCCACUUUCGUCUUCCAGUGCAGGGGGUCCCCAACAUGGCCGGGGUUGCCUGAGCGUACCUUCCCAGGGAGUAGGGGGAUGAGAGAGGGAGUGGCGCCGGCUACGCAGCCCACCGCCACCCAUGGAUGCCAAGCUGCGCGAGGACCUGUUUAGGAGGUAUGUGGCGUCGCUGGAGAGGCGGCUGGAGGAGGGCGAAGGAGGAGGAGGGGGAGGGGGGGGGAACGGUGGUGGCGGCGGUGGUGGUGGCAGCAGCACCACCAAUGGGAGCAGUGCAGGGAGCAGCGCCAAGGGCGACCGUCCGACAACGACCACGACAGCACACAGCAGCAGCGAGGAGGCGCUCGUCUCCACGGCGACGGCCCUGCUGGGGGCGUACCAGCCGGAGCCGGCGCAGCGGUUCCGCCUGCUGCGGUUCUACGAGGUGACGGAGAACGCACUGCGCUCGCCCCGGGGGUCCAGCCUCAGGGUUCUGGAGGCGGCCUUCGCCACACUGGAGACCGUCUGCACCAACCUGCUGCUCUUCCCCUGGAAGAAGGAGUUCCGCUGCAUCAAGACCUUCACGGGGCCGUACGUGUACCAGCUGCAGUCGGCCAUGUGCGAGUCGGACCUGCGCUCGCUGCUGCGCUCCAUGGGCUACACGCGCAGCGAGCAGGACACGCACUACCAGGCACGCGAGACUCCCCCGGGCGGAGCCCUCCACCUCCGGCAGCUGGCCUUCGAGCUGCUGCUGGCCCAGGCCGAGUGCCGGCUCCUGGGGGAGGUGGUGGCGCUGGCCCGGGGGGCUGCCACCGAGCUGGAGGCCCUGGAGCUCCGGCGGGCGAGCAGGGAGGAUGCGGCCGGCUGCGCCGAGGCUCUGAGGCGCCGCGAUUCGCUCGCGGCCAUGGACAUGGCGAGGCUGUCGCUGCGGCCGGCCGACAUGGAGCGCGCCGCCACGCCGCACCACCAUCACCACCACCACCACCACCAUCACCAGCUGCGGCGGUCCGGGCGUCCGUCCAAGUCGGUGGACGUGACGGACAGCGCGGGCCACUGGCACCCGGCCAGCAAGCCGGUGCUGCGGACCUCGCUCAGCCUGCGCAAGGAGCCGCUGUUCGUGGACGCCGAGGAGGAGGAGGCUCGCGACGAGAUCCUCCGGCCCAACGCGCCGCUCUUCUCCCUGGCCUCCACGCCCUCCUACAGCCCCUCGUCGUCCUCGUCCUCCAUCGCCGCCGUCGCCUCCGCCGCCGACUUCUUCCCCAUCCAGUCCCCCCCGCCGCCCUCCUCCUCUGACCCCUACUCCUACCACCUGUCCUCGCUGGACGAGGUGGACCUGUACACGGAGCGCGGCGGCGCCGGCGGGAUGGCCCUCGGGGGCCGCCAGACGCCCUCCUCCUCGGCGGCCUCGGCCUCGUCGUCGUCGCGGCCGCCCAGCCGGGAGCCGAGGGACGGCUGGCUGCUGAAGGCCCACAGCGGGGCCAAGUGCCAGGGCUGUGGGCUGGGCUGCUCGGUGCUGAGCUCGUGCCAGCGUUGCGACACGGUGCUCUGCUCCUCGUGCAUGGCCUGCGAGCCCACGCCCUGCUGCGGCUACCAGGACUACCCCAAAGUGGCCACUGUGACGCCCCCUGCCCUGCUGCGCCAGCUUGACGGCUACCUGCCCGCCAAGGAGAAGCUGUCCGUCUACUCCAACGCGCACAUGCACACACACCCCCACACACACCCUCACGCCCACGUGAUCAGCCACUCACACCUGCACCCGCACCCGCACCCCCACCCGCUGUCCCACUCGCACUCACAGCUGCUGGACAAGCCCAUGAUGAGCGCCAAGCUGUACCCUAGCAAGCCCGUCGCCAUGGUGACGACCUCUGCCCCCAGCGGCAUCGGCGUGAGCGACCGUCUGAGCGUGGGCAGCUCGUCGCGCUGUGGAUUCUGCAACAAGCCCGGGGCAGCGCACACGUGCGUCAACUGCUCCAAGGUGUCGUGCGACUCGUGCAUGGGUCUGUACGGCGGCGACGUGUGCACGCGCAAGACGCCACACCACAGCUUCCUGCCCAACCACCAGCUCAACUUCAAGUCCAGCACCAUCUCCCACCUGGUCUACCGGUAGACACACACACACACACUCACACAUUCUUACACUGUCACACACACACACACACACACACACACACACAAAUAUGCAGGGCCAGGAAUCCUGAACUUCUGUACUGUUUACCCUCUUAUAGAAUCUAACUCCAGAAUAGUCGCCGUCCUUGUUCUGGUCCGAUUCCACAGUGAAAAUGUCCCUGGCCAGGACCAGACGGAUCCCUGAUUCAGCUGCUGUGUGGGCUUCUCUCCAUUUCUCUGUCCCUCCUCUCCUCUUCUCUUCUCUUCUCUUCUCUUCUCUUCUCUUUCUUAAUUUCUUUUUGCGGGAGCCGCCUCCUCAUAUCAGCCCUGGAAUGUACUUAUAGCCCAUAUCUCAUCGGGGCCAUCACACUGCCUUGUAGAAAUUUAGGCUUGAAGGCAUUUUUUCUUUCUUUCUUUGUUUUUUUUUUUUUCUUCUUCCACCAGGCCCUUUCCUCUCUCCAUCUGCUCUCGUUUUGGCCAUGUGAUCUUGUAAUUUGUCCCGUACCUGAAUUCUUGGCCUACUUAAAAACAAGCAACUAAAGAAGAAAAACAAAUAAACAGACACACAAACACACAACAGCUACAACAACAACAGACAUGACUGACUUUAGCCUCGAGCGGAGCGCUCACCCAGCCGUUUGAAUUUUAUCCACAUAGAUGUUUGCAGAAGACUCUCUCUACCCCCCCCCCCAUCUGGAUAUUCACAAUGUGUGGAAGAACCUGUUCAGACUUAAU